CCGAAACGCCCUAAUGGUCUGAGCUGGACUGUGAACCUUAAGUCACGUGGGGCGUUAAUUCACCUGUAGGUUGAGGCUAAAAGUCAAAGUGGUGAGAUUUCAAAGAAACUGCGAAUAUGACUUCCGUUGUGAUGGACUUGGAGAAAUACUUGUUGCGCAUUGGGUUUGCGGGCCCAGCUGAGCCCAGCCUGGACGUGCUGCGGGCGGUUCACAUCUGUCACCUGCACUCGGUGCCGUUUGAAAACCUCACGGUCCACAGCGGCGGGCGGGUCCAGCUUGACCUUUCUCUUAUCUACGACAAGAUCGUGAACCAGCGCCGAGGCGGUUUCUGCUAUGAGAUCAACGGCCUCUUCUCGUGGCUGCUCGAGAAACUGGGCUUCCAGGUAACCCUGCUGUCGUGCCAGGUGAAGACUGCGUUCACGGGCGCGUACGGGCCACCUUUUGACCACGUGACCCUCAUGGUGAGCCUCGAUGGGCAGCGAUGGCUGUGCGACGUCGGGAUCGGUUCUAUGGGCUUCAGCUCCCCCCUUUCACUGGAGACCAGUGCACCCCAGGAGCAGGGCCACCGGGUGUACCGCAUCAGAGAGGACCCGGGGAUGCUGUUCAUAGACUGGCAGCGGGAGGAGAACAAAGGGCCGGAUGGAGACUGGGUAGACAUGUGCAAGUUCACCCUUGAACCUCGGCGUUUGGAGGACUUCGCUGAGAUGUGCCAGUACCAUCAGAGCUCUCCGUGCUCCAUCUUAUUCUGCAAGUCCUUCUGCUCGAUUUUAAAACCGGGAGGAAGGCUCACCUACGUUGGCCGCAGACUGACCAGCACCACAUUUCCAGCGGAGGGAACAGGGGGCACGCUGCAAACCACAACCCGGGAGCUCCAAGAUGAGGAGAUCCAGGGUAUUCUAGCAGAGCAAUUUGGAAUUAUAUUAAAUUCUCCUCUCGUGCCAAAGGAUGAGGCAAUCGCACCGACACCUGUCGUGUACUGAUCAUGCUUCCACGUGGGAUUUCUGAACAGCUCCAUCAGCAAAAUGAUGCGAGUCUUCUUCAGACUUCAGUCUUUAAUUCAUUCAUAUAAGAAAACAAGAUUUUAAAGUAAUUUUUGACUCAGAUUUGAACGGUGACCUUUUGUAUGGUGUCACUGACACUUCAAAAGGUCUGAUACUAUUUUGGGACAUUGGUUUGAUAUUGACUCAAAUAGCUGGAUCUGGGAUUGGUGACAAUGAGGCCGAUCUAUUCAAUUCUAGGUUUAAGUAUCUAUUACUAAACAUGUAAAAACAAUAAAUUCCUGUUUUUGUUUAAUGUUCUGUUUUGACCAAGUUCCUUGCUGAUCUUACUAUGUGAAUUGUGAUCUAUCAGGUGUGUUUGCAGUUUGUGAUUUAAUUUUAAGAUUUUGUUCUAUUUGAUGCUGCUGUAUUGUUUUCUAGUAGAAAUCUAAUUCCUGAUCAAUCAAAAGGUUUACACUUGAACUUUAUUUCCUGCUGAUUCUCUUCCACACAGUGAGGCAAAAGGCUUAUUAGUUAAACACUAGUACUGGAUCAUUUCUCCAUAUCCAUACAUCAGGUAACAGAUCAGAACAGUAAAAAACUGGAUCAGUGCAUUCCUAUCACAUAUAAAGUAAUCUGCUUGUCGAAAGAACACAAAGAAAAAUAUAAAUUGUCAGUUUGA